AUGACGGUCACCGCAAGCAUCGACAUUGCAUCCCCACCAGAAACUGUCCGCGCAAAGUUUCUCGACUUUGCAUCCCUUUCGAAAUAUCACAAAGGCUUUUUCACGUCCCUAAGCCCACUCGGCCCGGUCGAAUCAGGGAACAAGAUACGCGUCGUCUUUUCAUCUGGUCAACAGAUGGACGCACCGAUCGAGCACAACACACUCAAAUCCUUUGCAUGGACUGGCUCAAUACCGCUUCUGUUUACAGGCACGCAUUCUUUCGCUUUCGAGCCCAGCAGCACCAUUCCAGGCGGUACAAAGUUCACACAAGAAGAAGUCUUCAGCGGCGCACUAGCCUUCCUGAUGGGCGAAAACGUGGUAGCUCGACAUUUCGGCUUCCCAGAAAAGACAAGGAGAGGAUGGGAGGGUUACAACAAUGACUUGAAAGCGUGGUGCGAAGCACAAUGA